CAGCGCCCGGCCCCUCCUCGCUCCGCGGGCUUCCCCCGCUGCAGCAUCCCUCCCUCCUCCUCCUCCACCUGCCGCCCAGGCGGGACCAGCUCGGCUCUGACAGCGGAGAGCUGCUGCCCCUCCGUGCAAUGGCCAAGAGGAGCUCUUUGUUCAUCCGGAUAGUUGAAGGGAAGAAUUUGCCAGCUAAGGACAUUACAGGCAGCAGUGAUCCUUACUGCAUUGUGAAAAUCGACAAUGAAGCCAUUAUCAGGACAGCCACAGUGUGGAAGACUCUGUCCCCAUUCUGGGGGGAGGAGUAUGAGGUCCACCUGCCGCCCAGCUUCCACAAUGUGUCCUUCUACGUGAUGGAUGAAGAUGCACUCAGCCGUGAUGACGUCAUCGGAAAAGUCUGCCUGCCUCUGGAUGUGCUGGCCAAGCAUCCCAAGGGCUACAGCGGCUGGCUGAACCUGACGGAAAUCGAUCCCGACGAGGAGGUGCAGGGGGAAAUCCAUCUCCUGAUCGAGAUCCUGGGCAGCAACGUGGCACGGAAGCUGCGCUGCAGGGUGUUUGAAGCCAGGGACUUGGCUCGGAAGGACCGCAACGGUGCCUCUGACCCCUUCGUGAGGGUGCGCUACCACGGCAAGACCCAGGAGAGCUCGGUGGUCAAGAAGUCCUGCUACCCCCGCUGGAAUGAGACCUUUGAGUUUGACCUGGAUGAGUCAGCCACUGAGAAGCUCUGUGUCGAGGUCUGGGACUGGGACCUCGUCAGUAGGAAUGACUUCCUGGGCAAGGUGGUGUUUAAUAUCCAGGGCCUGCAGACCAUCCAGCAGGAGGAGGGCUGGUUCAGGCUGAGGCCAGAUAAAUCCAAGCCAAGAGUGGAUGAAGGCAACCUGGGCUCCCUGCAGCUGCAGGUGAGGCUGCGGGAUGAGACAGUGCUGCCUUCCAGCUACUACCAGCCACUGGUCCAGCUGCUCUGCCAGGAAGUUAAAAUGGGACCAAAGGAUGGAAAAAUACCCUUGAUCACCCUGAUCGAUGAGACCACCACGGCCGAGUGCAGGCAGGAAGUGGCUAUCAACCUUGUGAAGCUCUUUCUGGGCCAAGGGUUGGCCAAAGAGUUCCUGGACCUUCUCUUCAAGCUAGAAUUGGACAAAACAUGUGAACCAAACACAUUAUUCCGGAGCAACUCCCUGGCCUCCAAGUCGAUGGAGUCCUUCCUGAAGGUAGCAGGGAUGCAGUAUUUGCACAGCAUCCUGGGGCCAACAAUUAACCGUGUCUUUGAGGAGAAGAAGUAUGUGGAGCUGGACCCCAGCAAGGUGGAGAUUAAAGAUGUUGGGUGCUCAGGGCUGCACCGGAUCCAGACGGAGAGCGAGGUGAUCCAGCAGAGUGCCCAGCACUUGCAGUCUUAUUUGGGUGAGCUCCUUGCCGCCAUUGCCAAGUCAGUGAAGAUGUGUCCCGCCAACAUCCGUGCCACCUUCCGGCAGCUCUUCACACGAGUGGGAGAGCGUUUCCCCGAGAACAAGCACAAGAACGUGAAGUUCAUCGCCGUUACCAGCUUUCUCAGCCUCCGCUUCUUCUCCCCGGCCGUCAUGUCCCCCAAGCUCUUUCACCUGCGGGAGAAGCACGCAGAUGCCCGUACCAGUCGCACCCUGCUGCUUUUGGCUAAGGCAAUCCAGACCAUUGGGAACAUGGACACCGCAGCGAGCCGCGCCAAGGAGGCAUGGAUGGCCCCUCUGCAGCCCACCAUCCAGCAGGGUGUCGCCCACAUGAAGGAAUUCAUCACCAAGCUCGUGGACAUUGAGGAGAAGGAAGAGCUGGACCUGCAGAAGGCACUGACCCUGCAGACCCUCAUUGUGAAGGAAGGACCACUGUUCAUCCACAAGACCAAAGGCAAAGGGCCACUUAUGUCGUCGUCCUUCAAGAAACUGUACUUCUCCCUCACGAGUGAAGCCCUCAGCUUUGCCAAGACACCCAGCUCCAAGAAAAGCUCCUUCAUCACCUUGUCCAACAUCCGGGCGGCUGAGAAGGUGGAGGAGAAAAGCUUUGGCAACUCCCACGUGAUGCAGAUCAUCUAUAUGGACGAGACGGGGCAGUCGGAGACGGCCUAUCUGCAGUGCAAGUGUGUCAACGAGCUGAACCAGUGGCUGUCAGCCCUGAGGAAGGUCUGCGUGAACAACUCAGAGAUGCUGUGCUCCUAUCACCCGGGUGUGUUCAGAGGAGACAAGUGGAGCUGCUGCCACCAGAAGGACAAGUCAGGUUUGGGCUGUGAUAAAACCCGGCACGGAGUCACGCUGCAGGAGUGGAAUGACCCCUUGGAUCCAGACCUAGAGUCUCAGCUGAUUUUCAGGCACCUGCUUGGAGUGAGGGAAGCGAUGAGGGAAAAGUACCAGGAGUUGAUGCUGGAGAAAAGGGAAAACGGCCUGAGCCAAAGUGAAGCCCCCGAAAACAUGGAUGGUCCCACCAGGCUCUUCCACGUGCUGCAGGACCUCGAGGAAGCCCACCACAAGGCCAGCAUUGCCAACAAGGACAAGAACUGCCUUGUGGAGCUGCAGACGUGACCGCCUGGGCGAGAGCCAGUCCACCAGGGCAGGGAUGUGCUGUCACUCACGCUAGUGCGGUCUGGCUGUGUCCGUGGGAGCUGCCAACACCAGAUGAAGUAGCAAGGGGGAAAUCUCCUCGUGCUGACUUCUUGCUCGCACAUUUGCCCUGCCACUCAGAAAGUCAUGUAAUGGACUCGGCUAGCUCAGUGUCUCCAUUACUGAAUGGAAUCUGUUCCCCCCUCCCUCUCGUGCCCUUGUUAGUGAUGUAUGUCAGUCGAGUGUGGGAUCAGUGUGUGCUGGUUCACUCAGUUGGUAGCAUGGAAUUGCCUUCAUCUCCCCUCCACCAGGCUGGCAUUAUGGUGUCUCUGGUUUUCAUCUGUCAACCAACACCCAUGCAUGUGUCCAAAUCCCAUCUGGUGCCACAUUGCAUCCCUGUAUGUAAGCCACUUCCCUUGUGCACUGAAUCUCCAUGGUCAAAUGGACCCAGCCAAUCUCAAUGUAGCAGCAAAACCAGAAAUCAUGCACAGGCCAAAACAGCAGUAGAAAAGCAGGACUGGCUGAUGAGGCAUGGCUUGAGGAUCGGGAAACUUGGGUUCCCUUUGCUCCUCUGCCCUGGACCCACUGUGUGACCUUUGGCAAAUCAUAUGACCCUUCUCUGCCUCUAUCCACCAUCUCUGAAGUGCGGCUAGCACCUUCAUCCACAUGCUCAUGCCCUCUUCUGUUCAGGUGUCUGGAGAUCCUUUGCUGAGACCCUGGAGAAAGGUUGCACACUCUUAUGGAUGCUGAUGACCACCAGAACCCUAUAACCUGCAUCCCUGAGAGGCUUGGCCCUCUGUGGCACCAGCAUCAUGUCACAUAGCAUGGGAAAGGCUUAAUAGUCCUGGAGCUGAGCACUUCAGAUGCUGUCUCUUGCCUGCGGGUGCAGGGCAGGAGGGUUGGGAGGGAAGGAAUCCUGCUGGCCACAAAGUGAAAGCUCUGCAGAUUAGGGAGGCUGGGGGGCAAGAGGCUCUUCAGUCAAGCCUCUAGAGGUCUGCUCCCAGCAUCAUCCAGCCUGGGUAAGGCACUUUGGGGCUUUUAGGAGCACUUGGGAGUGGAGGGGGGCGGAUCUUGGAACACCUAGAGUCAGGCCUCUCUGCCUUAGUUUCCCCAUCUGUCGCUGAGGAGAAGGAUAUUAGGGCCAUGGGAGUUCUCUUGUGACAGGUGGGCCCGCCCUGCAUCCAAGUCACUGACGGCAGGUUCUGGUGUUUUGUGCCCAUGCUGGCAAUGAAAAGAGGCUGCUGGGGAUCCUGGGAUAUGCCAAGCACCACUUGUCCCUCAGGCAGCCAUUGCACAAGUGCCCAGACCGUGUAGCAGGGCCACUACAAACUGCUGCCUGUGUCAUGCUCUCAGGCCAGCAGCCAAGCCAGGCUGCUGUUUGCCCUGUGCUGCCAUGCUGCUGCACAGAGCCUGCAGUUCCUCCCCAUGCUGGCUGCCUGCUGGCUUACACGGAAGCAGUGCUGCCUUGUGCACGCAGCCAGAGUGCCAGCAGGUGAUACAACCAAUGCCACUGGCACAGGGCAGCCACCUGGCAGAGGGAAGUCCAUCUGUGCUGCGUGCCAUGGGCUGUGGCCAGAGCCUGCCAGGCCAUGGCUGGUGUGUUCCUUACUUGGGUGACUGCAGCCUCUGGAAGUGAAGGCCUGUGAUGGGGUGUCCGUGGCGCCGCCCUCCCCACCACUGCACAACAGCACAACGCGGCGCAGGUGCUCUGUAUGGGAAUGUACAAUAAAGGCAUCUUGUAUCAUGA